AUGCCACGGAUGGAACUAAAACCGGGAAUGAUUCAACUUCUUCCCACUUUUCAUGGACUUGACAGUGAAAACCCAUACGUGCAUAUUAGGGAAUUUGAGGAGGUAGUUGCAACCUUCCACAAUCAACAUGGUACAACGGAUGCAGCCAGGUUAAAAUUUUUCUCGUUUUCACUUAAAGAGAAAGCAAAAACCUGGCUAUAUUUGUUGAGACCACGUUCAAUUGGUACAUGGGCUGAAAUGACGCAAGCAUUUUUUAAUAAAUACUUUCCCCACCAUAAGACUAGCGCCCUUAAGAAGCAAAUCUCAUCUUUUACCCAAAAGGAUAGUGAGACCCUAUAUCAGGCCUGGGAGAGAUUUAAAGAACUACAAGCCCUUUGUCCUCACCAUGGUUAUGAGAGCUGGCGUAUAGUUAGUUACUUUUAUGAGGGAUUAACACCUAGGGAACGUCAAUUCGUAGAGAUGAUGUGUAACGGUGAUUUCCUGCAAAAGGAUCCGGAUGAGGCCAUAGAGUAUCUAGACGAUCUUGCUGAGAAAGCUCAUACUUGGACAGGACCUAGCCCUACUGACAGUACCAAUAGGUCACGACCCCCAAGAAACCCCACUAGUACAGGUAUCUAUCAACUUAGGAAAGAAGAUAGUCUUAAGGCCAAAGUGGAAGCCCUUACUAAGGAAUUUGAGACCUUGCGUGCUAAAGGCUCUAAACCUGCACAAACUGUUUCGCGUGUUGAAUCUUUGGGACCUUGUUUUGUGUGCGGUGGAGUAGAUCACUUAGCCCAAGAGUGCACCACUUUAUUUGAGAUGAGAGGGGUUUAUGAGGAACAUUGUAAUGCCUUAGGCACAUAUAGGAAGCCCUAUUCUCCUUUCUCCGAAUCCUAUAACCCAGGGUGGCACAAUCAUCCCAAUCUCAGCUGGAAAUCUGAAAACCAACAAACUACCCAAUCAAAUAGAACUUACAGUGCACCAUCAUAUCAACCCACACCCUCUAGGAACUCUUUAGAAGAUACCUUACAUGCAUUCAUAGAGGCACAAGGCAAGGCCAAUCAGAAGUUUGAGACUAUGAUUAACCAGGUAGUGGAGGAAAAUAAGGAGAUAAAAAAUCAUGUGUCUAAAUUGACCGAUGCCUUAACUGUGGGGGAACGUGGGAAAUUUCCAGCACAAGCUCAAUCUAAUCCUAAGGGACAGCAUAUGGCUCAAACCUCAGAUUCAGGAGAGAGUAACCUUAAAGAAGCAAAUGUCAUCACCACCCGAUCUGGGAAGGUUAUAGAACCAAUUUCAAAACUUAGGGAAAAUGAAAAGGAGUCUAGUGAGUCUGAAGAAAGUAGCCCUAGUGAUGAGGCAGUAGGAAAUCCAUCGAGGGUACCUUUUCCACAAGCCUUUAAGCUUAGCCCAAAAUCAGUCAAUCAACACAAUGAGAUCCUAGAACACCUUAGGCAAGUACAAAUCAAUCUUCCACUCUUGCAUGUAAUUUCACAAGUUCCUACAUAUGCGAAAGUCCUUAAGGACUUGUGCACUGUGAAGAGGAAACACAUUGUCAAGAAGACUGCCUUCUUGACCGAACAAGUGAGUGCUGUGAUUGAACAAAGGAUCCCACCGAAAUAUAAGGACCCUGGUUGUCCAAUUGUUUCCUGUGUCAUCGGGAACCAUGAGUUUGCAGAAGCUCUCCUUGAUCUGGGAGCCAGUGUUAAUCUCAUGCCCCAUUCCAUAUACUUACUAUUAGGUCUUGGUGAAAUUAAACCCACUUCUGUGGCUCUACAACUAGCUGAUAGAUCCACUAUAAGACCUAGGGGAGUAGUUGAAGAUGUGUUGGUUCAAAUUGAUAAAUUCUACUACCCCGUUGAUUUCUUAGUCUUGGAUGUGAAGGUUGAUGUUAAUGUUGAUUCUAAAAUUCCUAUUAUUCUUGGUAGACUUUCCUCGCCACAGCUAACGCCCUUAUAA